AUGCCAAGUCAACUGAAUCAACUGCAUUUGAUGGAGAUAUUUUUAGAUUUGGAUGUCUUGAAGAUGAUUUUGGAUAUAUUUCAUGCCGAACCCGAUUUGGUUAAAAAAACAUUCUACAGCAAUGACUUGAAGGUUUUAUGUGAUAUUUUAUGUCAAGAUUUAUUGGAUUCUGAUGUCAAAUCCAGAAUAAUGAUGAUUCUGGAAGUUUUCGAAAGAAUGAUAUUUCUAAACUGUGGCGUAAACUUAAAUGCUACAGCAUCUGCUCUGGAAAUACUCAUAUCAUCUAAAGAGAUUUCACCUGAAAGUAAAUUGUUUGCUGAGCGCAUUCUUCAGAGAUGUCGUUGUGAAGAAUAA